AAGCGGCUGGCUCCCGCUCUGAGCGGAUUGAAGCCUGGCACCGGCCGGCCUGUAAUGGCGGCUCCCGCGGCCCGGCUGCAGUGUGUGUGAGCAGCUCGCAGAGCCCGCGGCCCCGCGCUCCCCCGGCCGGGCCUCCGUCCAUGGUGGCGCCGUGGGCCCGCGAGAGCAGCAGGUGCUUGAGGCCGGGCGAGCCCGAGCCAGAGCCGCCGCCCGGGCCCCCCGCCCUGCCCGCGGCGCCAUGAGCGAGGCGUUGUACGAGAAGUUCCUGGCCCCGGACGAGCCCUGCCCGCUGCUCUGCCACCAGCCCCCGCCGCGGGCCGCCAGCCUGAGCGAGGAGGGCUGCCUGGAUGUCAGCGACUUCGGCUGCCAGCUCUCGUCCUGCCACCGCACCGACCCGCUGCGCCGCUUCCACUCCAGCAGGUGGAACUUGACUUCUUGUGGAACAAGUGUAGCCAGCUCAGAAUGCAGCGAGGAGCUGUUUUCAUCAGUUUCAGUUGGUGAUCAGGAUGACUGCUACUCUCUAUUGGAUGACCAGGAGUUCACAUCUUUUGAUCUGUUCCCAGAGGGUAGUGUCUGCAGUGAUGUCUCCUCUUCUAUUAGCACAUACUGGGAUUGGUCAGACAGCGAGUUUGAGUGGCAGUUGCCUGGCAGUGACAUUGCAAGUGGGAGUGAUGUACUUUCUGAUGUCAUACCUAGUAUUCCAAGCUCUCCGUGCUUGCUUCCAAAAAAGAAAAACAAGCAUAGGAAUCUUGAUGAACUCCCGUGGAGCGCGAUGACAAAUGAUGAACAGGUUGAAUAUAUUGAAUACCUGAGUCGGAAAGUCAGUACUGAGAUGGGUCUUCGAGAGCAACUUGAUAUCAUUAAAAUUAUUGAUCCCACUGCUCAGAUCUCGCCUACAGAUAGCGAGUUUAUUAUUGAAUUAAACUGUCUCACAGAUGAAAAAUUGAAACAGGUGAGAAACUAUAUCAAGGAGCACGGUCCUCGACAACGAUCUGCAAGGGAAAGCUGGAAGAGAAGCAGCUACAGUUGCGCAAGCACCAGUGGCGUGAGCGGUGCAAGUGCCAGCAGUAGCAGUGCCAGUAUGGUCAGCUCAGCAAGCAGCAGCAGUUCCAGUGUUGGCAACUCUGCUUCAAAUUCCAGUGCCAACAUGAGUCGAGCGCACAGUGAUAGUAACUUAUCCACCAGUGCUGCAGAGAGAAUCCGGGAUUCAAAAAAACGUUCUAAGCAACGGAAGCUCCAGCAAAAGGCUUUACGCAAGAGACAGCUGAAAGAGCAGAGACAGGCUCGUAAGGAAAGACUGAGCGGAUUGUUUCUUAAUGAAGAAGUGCUCUCUUUAAAAGUGACUGAGGAGGACCAUGAAGGAGAUGUGGAUGUUUUAAUGUGACAGGGAUGAAUUUAUCAGUGUUCUUUCUAAGCCUUAAGUGUAUUAUCUUUGUUUACAUACGUUUCUUGACCAAAAUUUUGAUUAGGACAGAGCUAACAAUGUAUCAAACAGAACCCUCUAUUGAGUGUAAUUUUAAUAAUUUGAACAUUUAUAAUUUAUUAGUGAGCUAACUCUUUAAGACUAACAAUUUUGUCUAAGAUUGAGACUGCAACAGACAAUUUCACAGUGACUUUAACAAGCUGCUGAGAAGAUACUGUCUAAAAAAUAAGCCACUGAAUUAGGUUUGUAUGAUAUUUGGUUUCAAGAAGCUAACUGCAAUGGAUUGUUCUGUUAAAUAGGUUGGUACUCGCUUAGACACACUGAUACUGAUAGCAAAAUUUGAAAAAAAACUGUUUCUAAAUAGGAAAUCACACCUUUAUCUUGUUCUGUGGGUUCCCUUAUUUCUUAUUAGGAGGUUUGUUUUCAUGAAAACAGGAUCUUAGUUCUAUAAGUUACUCUGUUCUUGCCCCUCACCAUAUCAAAUCCUAAUACUUCAUGAAAUUAAAUUGGAUUUUUUGGAAAUUAUGGUUAUGAUUUCACUUAAAGAAUUAUGAAGUCAUUGGGAAGUAAUAAGCAGAAGCAACUUCUCACCACAAAAAACUGUAAUGCAAAUGUCAGCUAGUAACAAAAUGUAGUAAAAAAUGGUCAUUUUCAAAAGUAGAAUUUUUUCUAGGAGGAAUUGGCUGUUCUUUAAGAUGUAAAACUUAGUCUCUAAAAGGUUAUCUUGCUCCUCAAUAUUUGAAUGAUUAGUUUUUUGGUUCCUUUGAUAGUUUUAUUUAUGUUAUUAAUGGUUAAUCAGUACAUCCUCUUUCUUGAUGUUAAGAAAAAAAACAACCCUAAAAAAUGAAAAUCUCAUACAUUACACUAAUAUCUAUGGUUCAGUCAUAGGAUACCAUUCAUAAAAAAAGUCUUAAAAAGUGUUACUGGAAACCAAAGUGCAAACAACUGAUGUCCAAACUUGCUAGAUAUUUCUUUGUGGCCAAAACCAUAUGUAAGAAUAACUAUAUGCUGUUGUUGUUGGCAAGAGAACCUAAUUAUUGAUGCAGCAUUGUGUUUUAACUGUAUGCUGCCAGUUUAUUUACCACUUGCAGGAUAGUUUAAGGUGACUGAACUUUUUUAUGAGGUGUUGUAUCAUUGCUAAUCUAACUCACAGAGUACUGGUUUUGUUGUAUAGCCUUUUGAAUAAGUGUUGCUGAGGAGAACAAGACACACCUUUUAGUUUUUACUUCUGCACCUGGAAACUCAAAUUGAGAUGAUUUUAUUCUUGACAAUUAGUAAAUGAAUUCCUGACUUUAUUAUGGAAAUGUUUGUUGUUGGGUUCAUCUUUUGUUUUGGAAAAAAAUUGCUGCGUUCAUUCAAAUGCAACUAUUAGAGGUGAAAGAGGUGACUAGAAUGACCCAGUUCUGAAUUCAGAAAGGUGACCUUUCUGAUUUAUGUUGGUGCUUCAUGAAUAUCAUUUAGACUGGUUCACUCUGGAGAUAAUGAGUUUUUCUCUUACUGUCAAUUUAAUGUGGCCUCAGAAAACAGGAGUCCUGACGUGUGCAUUUUCAGGAUUGGGACCUAACUCUGCUCAUGAAUAACUUUUUACACAUGUGAGUAGUCCUAUCAACUCCAUGUGACUAUCCACCAAUGCAAAUGUUUGCAUGAUUGGGCCUUAAAUUAGUCCUGACAGUAGAAUUUUAUUGUUUUCUGCAAAAGUUAAAUUAAAGAGAAAAAAUCUGGGGACAAAGAAAAUGUUAACAAUGAUACUACAGUUGACAUCACAUUUCAGUGGAAGAUCAAAAGUAAAAACUUCCAUACAUGUAUGUGACGACAUACGUUUAGACUGUAGCAUCUUUGGAAAUAUUUGUUUGAUAGUAAAUGAGAUAGGUAUAUUACUGUUCUGACUACAAACUCCAGAACAUGGACCACCUGUGAAUUGAUGCAAAAUAUAUUGGAGAUCUGAAAUGUCUAGUAGGUAUUUAUUCCUUUAAGUAUGUAUAAUGCCAUGUGCCAAAUGAAAGGGCUUCAAUAAGAGAGAGGCCCACAGUCAAAAUAGUAAAUGUAAACUCUCCUACUCAGUUGAUUCUUCAGAAGUCACUAACAAGUUUGAUUGCCCACUGUCUUCAGUGGCAAUGAGAAAUAUCUUAAUUGUCCGUUUUAAAAUUCAAAUAUCUAUGUCAUUUCUGUCUUGUCAUUUGAAUAUACUGGUAACUUGU